CAAAAUUUUUAUUUACGAAAUUUCGUGUAUCGAAAUUUUGCAAAUAAAAAUAAAAAUAAUUUUUCAAAUUUAAAUAAUGAAGCCAAAUGAAGAAACUAAUCCAAAAGAUAACGCCAAAAUGAUACAAAUUAUUGAAGGAUGUCGAAUGCCUGUCAAAAUGAAAUAUUCUGAUGAUUGGCAAUUGGGAGAAAUUCUUAGUAUUAAAAAUCGUGAUGAUGAACAACUUUUUUAUAUACAUUAUAGCGAUUGUAAUAAACGUCUUGAUGAAUGGGUCAGUCAAGAUCGUUUGGAUUUGAAACAUGUACAAUAUCCUAAAAGAGAAACAAAAGGUUCGAUGAAAAAUGGUUCUAGACAAUCAUCACCGGAUCGUGAAACUUCUUCGAUUAUUGAUCAUGAUGAUGAUCUUAACAAAAAAAUACAUUAUAAAAAACGCAAAUUAGAUAUUUCCGUUCCGAGUGUCGAUGAUCAAGAUUCACAAGAAUCGGCCAUAAAUUUACCUCAUGGAGCCAGUGGUGCUGUAAUUGCUCCAAGUACAAGUGGAAGUCUUUCUUUGAACAAUCAUGAUGAUAUUAUAACACGAAUCAAGAAUAUUGAAAUGUUGGAAUUAGGUAAACAUCGAAUCAAACCAUGGUAUUUUUCACCAUAUCCAAUCGAAUUAGUUUCCGAACCAUGUAUUUUUCUUUGUGAAUUUUGUCUAAAAUAUUGCAAAAGUAGAACCUGUCUUAAACGACAUAUACAAAAAUGUGAUCUCAAACAUCCACCUGGAAAUGAAAUUUAUCGUAAAAAUUCACUUUCAUUUUUUGAAAUCGAUGGCCGAAAAAACAAACAUUAUGCUCAAAAUUUAUGUUUAUUAGCCAAAUGUUUUUUGGAUCAUAAAACAUUAUAUUAUGAUACUGAUCCAUUUUUGUUCUAUGUUCUUACCGAAAAUGAUAAUCGUGGUUUUCAUAUAGUUGGAUAUUUUUCAAAAGAAAAAGAAUCAUCCGAAGAUUAUAAUGUUGCUUGUAUUUUAACAUUACCACCAUAUCAACGUAAAGGUUAUGGAAAAUUAUUGAUUGAAUUUAGUUAUGAAUUAUCAAAAUUUGAAGGUAAAACUGGAAGUCCAGAAAAACCAUUAAGUGAUUUAGGUUUAUUAUCAUAUCGAUCUUAUUGGAAAGAAACUAUUCUAAAUAUAUUGACUAAUCUGAAACCUGGAGAAAAUAAUGAAAAACCACAAAUUACUAUACAUGAUCUUUCCGAACAAACAAGCAUAAAAAAAGAUGAUAUUAUAUCAACAUUAGUUACUAAUCUAAAUUUAAUCCAGUAUUAUAAAGGUCAAUAUAUUAUUACAUUAACAAAAGAUAUAUUAAAACAGCAGCAAAAAAUUUAUGAAAAACGAAAAAUUCGUAUUGAUCCAAAAUGUCUUAAUUGGACGGUAAAAGAUUGGUCGAAACGUGGAAAAUGGUGAAUUUUAAUUUUUAAU